ACGCCCUUUGCGCGCUUUGUCUUCUCUUCUCUCUCUCUCUAUCUCAUCUCUCUCUCUCUCUCUCUGUGGCAGUUGGGGUCAGCAACUUUCGGACUCAGUGCUGUUGGAAUAUUCUUUGCGUUUACGUUGGGAAAACAAAGAAGUAGAGAGGAGAGGAAGGGAGGAGGAGAGGAAGGGAGGAGGAGAGGGUGAGGGCGGGGGAGGAGGAGAGAGUAGAAACAGCUCAGCAGAGACGUUGUGGAAUCGAUGAUGCAGAACCACAAUGGUUCCGGAGGGGUCAAGCAGAACCGGCGAAAGAGGCAGACGCAGGAACGGCUGGGUGCCAACAUGAUGCCUGGACAGGUGGUGUUCCGAUUAAUCUGUCACGUAUCGGUUAUUGGAGGGGUUAUCGGGAGUAACGGGACCAUCGUCUCGCAGCUCCGCAGAGAGACUCGCUGCAAAAUCCACUGCGAGGAGUCCGUUGCCGGGUCGGACCACCGGGUCAUACGUAUCGCCGGGUCCGGAUCAAUCUACAAGCGUAUUGUUCUGAACGGCGGAGUCAGGGAUAGCCUCAGUGAGGACGAAGAGAAGGUGGAGUGUGACGUGUCGAGCGCACAGGAGGCGUUGAUUAGAGUUUUCGAGAGACUGUGGACUGUGGAGGCGGAGAACGACUGUGGUCGUGCUAGUAAGGAUGAGGUGUAUUGCGGUUUAUUGACCGAUACGACACGGAUUGGUGAGGUUGUCGGGAGAAGAGGCAAGAACAUCAUAAGAAUGCGGAGAGAGACCCGUGCUAAGAUCAGGAUUCUUCCCCCACCGCAGUGUGCUGCUAAGGACGAUGAGUUGAUUCAGAUUACUGGGCACACUUUGGCUGUAAAGAAGGCCUUGGUUGCCGUCUCUGGUUGUCUUCAAGAAAGUCCACCACUAGACAGGGGCCCAACAUCUUUAAGAAGAUCUAUUGAGAAGUCUCAUAAUGACCCCUCUAUGGAUCCGCAUGCUGAAUUUUUUCCGCACCUUAUUUCGUUUUCUCCACCUAUGACUGAGAACUCGGCAAAUACCGCUUCAAGUCUGCAUGUUUCGUCAACUGGUGUUGGAGGAGACCCCAAUGUAGAGAUGAAAACUACAGAAAAAGAAGUUGUAUUUAGAAUGCUUUGUUCCAAUGGUGCAGCUGGUGGAAUAAUUGGCAAGAGAGGGGCCAUAGUGAGAGGGCUACAGCAUGAAACAGGUGCUUCUAUUGUGUUUGCACCUCAAUUGACUCAAUCCGGUGAACGAAUUGUCACAAUUUCUGCUUUUGAGAAUCUGGAAUCAUGGAACUCUCCUGCACAAAAUGCCGUUCUUCUUGUCUUUGCAAGAGGGGUUGAAUCAGACAUCGAAAAAAGGCUAUCAUCAGGCUUGGGCAAGGAUACUAUGGUAACUGCAAGGCUUCUAGCUGCAUCAGAGCUAGUUGUUUGCUUGACUGGAGACAGAAAGAGGGUACUUUCAGAAAUGAUUGAGGUGACUGGUUGUGAUAUUCGAAUAUUGGGAGGAGACCAGGUCAUGGACUGUGCCUCAGAGAAUGAAGUAGUAAUACAGAUAAAUGGUGGAUAUGAAAAUGUACCGAAAGCUUUGUUUCAAGUUACUGCUCGACUGAGGGAUAAUCUUUUACCCAUCGAGCUGCUUAAUGAAGUGAGAACAAGGAACUGCUAUGAAAAAGCGUGGAAAAAUAUGAAUCCUGCAUUUCACCAGUUGUCAAGUGUACCUCUUCAUUCUAACCAAAAUGAUGUUUUGAUACAAAAAUUGGAGGAUGGACUCUCUGAAAGCAGAGGUGCUUCUCUGUCACCGAAAUUACAACUGUUAAAGGCUCCAGGAAGAGGCCAUGCCCCAUCAGUCACGUAUGGCGGACAAAGCUCAAAAAUCUAUAGAGGGAGUUCAGAACUUGGGAGGUCAUGGGAUUUUCUUUUGCCCAACGAGGUGCUUAAUGAAGUGGGAACAAAGGAACACUUAUGCAGCAGUAAGGGAAACAACUUCUCCUGGUUUGCAACAAUCGUCGGAUCGAUUUCUGAUCCUGAUGAAGAGGAUAAUAUAACACAAGGAAUGGAUCAGCUGGGAAUCUCCAACAACAUCGGAUUUCCUUCUUCACCAAGGUUGCCGCUGAGAAGAAAGAAAACUGCUGUAGUGAGAAAUACAACUAUAGAGAUUCUCGUUGCUGAAAGUGUUUUUGGGGCUGUUUAUGGCAAAGAUGGUAGCAAUCUGGAUCGUCUAAGACAGAUUUCAGGUGCAAAAGUGGAAGUGCACGAUCCUUGCCCUGGAGAAAAUGAUGGAAUGGUCAUUAUAUCGGGAAGUCCUGAUCAAACCCGGAUAGCACAAAGCUUACUGCAAGCCUUCCUCCAAGCCCACCAGUGAUUAUCCAAUUACUAGUCGCCGCAUAUCUCUCAUCGACAGCUAAUUAAAAGACUUGAGAGGCGGCAAGAUUUUCUUGCAUACAUUUGCAUGACUUUGUUAGGUCGUGUUUUGUUUCUACCACUUCAGAUCUUGAGAUUCCUCUAUAAUGGAUAGUAGCUAACUAUAGGCAAUUAAUGUUAAUAUAUAAACAGAAUGGUUUUGCUUUUUGCUUCCUUUGCUGAUGUUAUUCAGCUUUUAGGUUAAGUCAGAGAGAUAUACAAAUGCCUCCCAACCUGUUGUCAACCCGUUAAGAGUUGGGAGAAGAAGGAUACACGACCUGUAAGUGGUGUGACAUCUUUACCAUGGAAUUCAAUAUUCAGUCUUCUGUUUUUCUUUC